AUGCUAAUCUUCAAUCAUUCCAGCUUCAUGACCUUCACUCUGAUGGGAAUACCUGGCUUAGAGUCACAGCACUUGUGGCUAUCUGUCCCUUUCUCCUCCAUGUUUUUGGUUAUCCUCAUUGGCAAUGGUACUAUCCUCUUCCUGGUGGCCACACAGCCCACACUUCACACACCUAUGUACCAGCUUCUGGCCCUGCUGAUGGUGGUUGAUCUCGUAUCUACUCUGACUCUGGUGCCCAAGCUGCUCUGCCUCUUCUGGUUCAAUGAUCGAGACAUAGCUGCUGGUGCCUGUUUCACCCAGAUGUUUUUCAUCCAUGGAGCAUCCGUGGUACGAUCAGCCCUUCUCGUUGCAAUGGCCUUUGACCGCUACGUGGCUGUGUGUGAGCCAUUACGCUACAACACAAUUCUGAGCCAUGCUCUCGUCAGACGCCUGGGACUGGCCGCUCUAGCCAAAGGUGUGCUUCUCAUCCUGCCUAUGCCUCUCCUGCUUCAAAGGCUGACUUUCUGUCACAUGGCCAUUCCUCACACCUACUGUGAUCACAUGGCUGUGGUGAAAAUGGCCUGUCACUGCACCAGACCCAAUCGGAUCUACGGGCUCUUUGUGAUCUUGCUCGUAGUGGGACUUGACUUACUACUCAUUGGCCUCUCUUACACUCUCAUUCUGCAGUCUGUGUUGCGCCUCAACUCCCAAGAUGCUACCUGGAAAGCUCUCAACACCUGCUCAGCCCACCUCUUUGUCAUCCUUGUCACUUAUGUGCCCGCACUCUUUUCCUCUAUCACUCACCGCAUUGGUCGCAAUAUCCCGCCUCAUGCCCAUAUUCUUCUUGCCAAUCUUUACCUUCUCCUACCUUCAUUGCUGAACCCCAUUAUCUACGGUAUAAAGACGAAGGAAAUACGUGACAAAGUGACCAAGUAUAUGUGCAGAGGAACUCCAUAG